UAAAGCCUCUGCUAAAUGUUAGUUAUUGUCAGAGCCGGUUGAGAGGAGUUAGUCUAGAAAACUGACCAGGAUGAGUUUACCAACUAGAGAGCAAUGUGAGGGCUGGAGUCCAGCGCGGGUCGCCGCUCUUCUGAGUCAGCACAACUUGAAAGACUGUGCAGACGCUGUACAGAGAAACAGGAUCGACGGCUGUCACUUUCUGACGCUUUCGGCCGGUGACCUCAACAAAUUCAGCUUCAUCCAUCGGCCGCAGCUUCAAAAAAUGGUUCAAGACAUAAAAAAGAAUGACGACAGCCUUUUCAACAGACUAAAAAGGUUUCAGAACGAACACACAGCUAAUAUUCUCAAAACUGGGAGAAAUACGCUGAACCGAAUAAAGAAGAAAAGACCUCCGAAAGUACCAGUGCGAGGCUAUCAAGGCGAAGCUCCGGAUUCUGAGAAAGACUCUGAUUCAGAUUUUGACAGCGAUACGUACGAGGACCCUCAGGGCGAUCAUGACGAUAACUACGAACCUCCGCCGAGGCUUGAAGGACACAUGAAGGCCUUUACGAUCAGCCCGUCCAUCACCAACCCCAGAGGAGAGUAUGUGGACAGCUGUCGUGGUCGACCAGCAAAACCAAACCCUCCUUUCCAUAUGCAACAGAGGCACAAACCCCCACGACCGACCCACCGCAGCCUGGCAGAGGAAGAUGAUGACGAUUACAUUGAGCCGGAGGACGAGGCGGAUGAUGACAAUUACAUUGACCCCACUGAGAAAACACUAAGAAAGCCGCCGUUUAACAGAGCGGUCAAACCGUGUGUUCCUGCUCGUGUAAGCGCUCCGGAUUUCUAUGAGGUUUCUGAUAUGAAGGAGAAUUCUCAGUCUAAGACAAGGAGUAACACGACUCUACAACCCAACACACAUAUGGCGCCACCUAAAGCCAGUCCACGAAUGAACAUCAGAAGGCCAACAAUAACUCCACAGGAAUCACAGUCAGAGGACGAGUAUGAGGUGUGUGACGCAGACGACAGUGUCAGUGAAGGGCCAGAGGAGGCCACAGAGGCCCGGAGACCAUCAAUGCCCACACCGCGACCUAGAGACCUGAAGAAACAUAAUCCUGCUUUGACACCGAAACCAAACAUUGCUCACAGAGACAGUGAAGCCACAUCUAUUAAAACAACACCAGUAACUAUAUCACGAAGCCCACCAGACACCACGCCGAGCCCGUUGCCAACAGGGUUCCAUCGAGCCAAAUAUAUGCCUCUGCCUCGACAGCUUCCCUCCCAAAGCAGAGGGACGUUGCCUUCAGAGAGCAAAUCAGCUAGAGAUGCCGAAGAGGAAGCUGGUGUGUAUAAAAAGGUUUGGUAUGCCAGCAGCUGUGACCGCAAGACAGCAGAGGACGCUCUCAUACGCUCAGCUAAGGACGGCUCUUUUCUGCUCAGGAGGAGCUCUGGUUUGGACGCGAGGCAGCCGUACACACUGGUGGUGUUUUACAACAGCCGAGUUUACAACAUCCCUGUCCGCUACAACGCUUCCACCAAACAGUAUGCUUAA